AUGGUGUCGAAGCGAUGGGCCUUGCUGCUCCCCGGCGUCGUGCGCAUGAGCGCUGCCGCCGACUCGUCAUCUCGUCGGAAGGACCCUGGCGAUCAAGACGACUCGCUGCUUCCCGUCCCCACGCUCUCCACACCCGCGCUCCUCCGCACGCUGUCCCGCGCGCCGAGCGUGACUUCCCUCACGCUGGGCGACGGUGCCGUCGAUUUUUACGACCACGAUUUCCUUAGCUCGGUGCUCGCCGCUUGUCCCAAGCUCACGCGCCUCAGCUUCGGCGAGCCUCGUUUCACUGCCGCACCGCCGCCCUUCACAAUCAGCCUCGCAUCGCUCGAUUCAUUCUUCCGCGCCGCAGCGCCGCAGUUACAGGAGCUCGCUCUGGUGCUUCCUCCCAACGUAACCGAGCUUCCUGAUUCCAUCUCGUCGCUCUCGUCGCUGCGCGUGCUUCGCCUCCGCGCCAACGAGUUGGCACACCUCCCGGACGGACUGUGCCUUCUGCCCGCGCUCCGGGAGUUGCAUCUCAACUGUCCGGAACUGUGGGAGCUGCCCAAGAACUUCGGGCAGCUGAAAAUCUUGACGCACCUCUCCAUCGGCGAGUGCGAGAACUCUCCGGUUUUCCGCCUGCCGGAUUCCCUGGGCGACCUCCCGUCGCUCACCUCUCUCCGCAUCGACUGCUCGUGCCACUUGCAUGUCCCGAGUAGCAUCGACGCGCUGCAGCAGCUGCGGCGCCUGGAGCUGCGACGCUUCGACGACGAGUUACCAGACGCGUGCGACGCGUGGGCGAAGCUGGAAGAGGUCGCGCUGGACGAAUGCCGUAUGCGCUCUCUCCCGCCCACGUGGCUGGAAACCCUAACUCGCCUCACCCUGCGCUCCUGCAAUCACCUCGAGUCGUUCCCCUUCGACCAAGUAGUCUGGGACCCACAGCUGCGCCACUUGACUCUAGAGGGUGUUGAGUCUAUUGUGCCGCUCCACCCCCUCAGUCGACUGACCUCCCUCCAACGGCUCAAGCCUGUCGUUCCAGAGAACAUUGGCCAGCUGGCGGCUCUGGAGUGGCUAGAGCUGAAAGGGCAUGUCUCGGAGAACGGCCUUCCAGCAUCCCUGGCGAGGCUAGGCGCGUUGCAGUUUCUCUCUGUCGAAUCUGACAGUCUGGAUCGGCUUCCAGGCGCUCUCAGCGGCCUGUCCUACCUGCAAGAAGCAUCUCUGAGCUGUCCAGCCCUUCCCAGCCUGCCUCCCUCCUUCUGCCUCCUCUCUCACCUCCGCAUACUCACCAUCACCGGUAGCAACUGUCUUGUCACCCUACCCACUGAUUUCGGCUCCCUAGGCGCCCUCCGACGCCUCUCCAUCCACUCCUGCUCGCGCUUGCACAGCCUCCCCGACUCGUUCUCCUCGCUUGCCUCCCUCGUCCACCUCACCAUCACAAAGUGCCCGCAACUUUCCACCUUCCCUGAUGGCUUCGGUUCCCUGCCCCGACUGGCCCAGCUGACAAUCACCCACUGCGACUCCUUCACCCACCUGUCCACCUCCUUCCCCUCCCUGCCGUCCCUCCGUGUGGCCGACUUGAGCUUCUGCAACCACUUGCUCUCCCUGUGA